CGGGGCUGGUAGUGGCUGCGGUCAGAGGUCACGGGCUGCCAAGCCCACAGGGACCCCGCACGGGGCAGCCCUGUGUCCCCCGAAGCUGAGUCUCAGGGCACCAGGCGGCCCAGUUUUCCGCGGGAAGGGCGCUCCGCGGCCCAGGCCACCACGUCACUCGCGACCUGACCCCGCUGGGCCCGCCCCGCUCCCUGGAGACGAAAGCCACACGGGCCGCGGAGGGUUUCUUUCCCCUCCGUAAUUGUUAAUUUAACUUCAUUGUCAUCAUCAUCAUCAUCAUCAUCAUCACCAUUACCGUCACCAUCAUCAUCUUGUGUACUCUCCAAGGCGGCAAUCACCAGCUAUGGCCUCUUGGGUUCUGAGGCUGCUUCCUAAGAAUAUCCGUUUCCUGGCUACCUCAUCAGAGAACCAACGAGCUGAGGGUUGUCAUCGUCACCACGAGGCCUAUGUGUACUUCUUGCCCAUCCAGACUAGGUGGCAGGACAAUGACCAGUAUGGCCAUGUGAACAAUGCUGUGUACUACAGCUACUUCGACACUAUCAUCAACCAAUACCUGAUCAGGUACUGCGGCCUGGAAACCGGCUUGCUGACGUCUCCCAUGGUGGGGUUCAUGGUGACCAAUCAGUGCACCUUCCACACACCGGUCGGCUUUCCUCAGGUGCCAGUGGCUGCUAUGGCCGUGGAGAAAGUGGGUCACUCCAGUGUGCACUACCGCCUUGCUCUGUUUCCGCCUAAGCCCACCAAGGAGCCGCCAUCUGUUGAUCACCGCGACCUCAGUGACGGGUUUUUCUUUGGCCACCCCAAGCUGGGGCAGUUUGAUGCUGUGGCCUGUACCACUGGGCUCUCCAUCCAUGUCUUCGUGAAUCCAGCCACCAACAAGCCCAUGGGGCUUCCAGAAGACUUCAGGAGGGGACUUCUGAGGCUGAUGAGGCCGGUUUCCGCGUGAAUCACCUGUAUGUGGGGCUGCACCUGUCAGAGAAUAAAGUUUAGAUUAUUCCCUAAACUAU